AUGCUGCCUCCAGGACAAGAGCCGCGCUCUAGCCCCCGGUCUACCACCCUGGGGCUCGGCCUGGUUAGUUAUCCAGCCACCUUCGACCCUGACUUUCUUCGAAAGCACUACCUGGGAUUCUUAGCUGAGCCGCCCCUUGCCCAAGACGCUCCGUCGUCUUCGACAACGCAGCAGGCGUUUACUCUAGGCGCGACUCCAGAGGCUCCUGAUAUCUCUCGCCAGGACUUUGGUAGGACUCGGCCUACAGCGAACGCGAAUCUAGGCCCAGACCAGACCGACUCCAAGGCGGGGACCGCGAAACCAAGGUUGGCACAGCCAGCCGAGCAAAACAGCUCACGUCUUUCGAGGACAGAAUGUUUAGAAAGAGCGCGUCAACUCAGAACUGAGGUGCUUGAGGCAUACAGUCAGCGGACAGACGAUGGAACAAUGUUAGUCCAAAUUGAGAGCGCGCGAUGGAGCCUCAGCAUCUGCCAUAUGCGCUGCGGCGAGUUUGCUGCAGCACGGGCGUUGAUGGCUCUUGUAGCCCAGACCCGCGCUGAUAGGCUCGGUAAAGACGCCAAAAAGACGAUAGAUGCUGAAAGGCAGGUGGAAUAUUUAGAUAUGUUAUUGACUGAGUCAGGGAUGGGAGCUUCAGGACUGUCCGCAGGCUAA